AUUCAUCCACACCUGACCCAGGCACGCAGACAAGUCUAGGUUCGCCGUCGUCCUCUUCUUCCCGACGCUUCAUAUAGUUGCCUCGUCGGCGUGCACGAUCCCCCGCCGAUCAAGCUAGCCGGCCAGCCAGCGAAGCAGCUCCGGUGCUACUUCUUGCCUAUACCUCGCAACUUCUCUCAUGGCGGCGGCGGGGAAGGAGCCGAGCAGGGUUCUGGUCAUCGGCGGCACGGGCUACAUCGGCCGGUACAUCGUCGCCGCCAGCGCCCGGGAGGACCACCUCACCUCCGUCCUCGUCCGUGACCCGGCGCCGGCGGACCCUGCCAAGGCUGCCGUCCUCCAGGGCUUCCGGGACUCCGGAGCCACCCUCGUCAAGGGAGAUCUUUAUGGCCAUCAAAGUUUGGUGGCAGCCAUCAAAUCUGCUGAUGUGGUUAUCUCGGCUGUGGGUUACGCGCAACUAGCAGAUCAAACCCGUAUUAUUUCUGCUAUUAAAGAAGCAGGGAAUGUGAAGAGAUUCUUCCCUUCAGAGUAUGGUAAUGAUGUGGACCAUGUACAUGCAGUUGAGCCUGUGAAAUCAGUGUAUGCUACAAAAGCUCGUAUAAGGCGUGUAAUUGAGGCUGAGGGGAUCCCAUACACAUAUGUCUCCUCGAACUUCUUUGCUGGUCGUUUCUUGCCAAGUCUGGCACAGGCCUGGAUCAAGGGCCUUCCAACCGACAAGGUUAUCAUCCUUGGUGAUGGAAAUGUAAAAGGAGUCUUUGCCACAGAGGAGGAUGUGGGUACCUACACUAUUAAAGCUGUCGAUGAUCCAAGAACCCUGAACAAGAUCUUGUAUCUCAGGCCAUCAAGCAACAUUUUGUCUCACAACGAGCUCGUCUCACUCUGGGAGAAGAAGGUUGGCAAGACAUUUGAUAGGGUGUACAUCCCAGAAGAUGAAGUCCUGAAGAAGAUUCAAGAAUCCCCAGCACCGUUGAAUGUCGUACUGUCAAUCAACCAUUCUGUCUGGGUGAAGGGGGAUCACACCAACUUUGAGAUCGAGCCUUCAUUUGGAGUUGAAGCUACUGAACUUUACCCCGAUGUGAAGUACACCACUGUGGAUGAAUACCUGAACAGGUUCCUUUGAAAUCUGUACAAAUCCUACAAGGCUCGAAUAUAUAAAAUAUGGAAUAGAUAUUAGACAGUGAAAGUUGUGUUUUUCAAUAAGCAAAAUUUAAUUUUGUACAAAACGCUCUAGAGUGUAACUUAUUGAGAACAGUGAUGCUGGUGCUGUCUUUGCUGCCACCGCCAGAUUCAUUGCCGUA